CUAGUAAGAGUCCAGACUGUGAGUUAGUGCUUUACAAUAAUGUAGAAGAGAGAAGAACAGGAGCGGGUUGAGGGUUGUAGACGUGAACAUUGCCAUGACAACACAGGGCCGUUGCAGUGCAUCAUGGGAGGAUCAGGGAGUUGCAUACAGAGACAACGUGAGCUUGUGAAGUCGACGGACGCUGACGGACACUCGCUGAACUGCAGUAUCAGUAGAAGCAGCAUGGAGGAGUUUAAAGUUCAGACGGCCAAACAUUCGCUACCCAACAGUUCACCCAUGAGGUCGCACAGCGAGCAAUCUAAAGAUCACGCAGCCAAACGUUUGUCCUCCGCCUCCAACGGCACGAGCGACGGAGGUGCCGGAUCCAGAACUCCGGUGGAGAUCACGGCGCUGGAGGAGUCUUUCAGACGCUUCGCUAUUCACGGAGACACGCGAGCGACCGGGAAAGAGAUGAACGGCAAGAACUGGUCCAAACUGUGUAAAGACUGCGGCGUCAUUGACGGGAAGGACAUCACCCUCACGGACGUGGACAUCGUCUUCUCCAAAGUCAAGAAUAAAUCCGGCCGGACGAUCACGUACAGUCAGUUUAAAGAAGCGCUGGGAGAGUUGGCCAGGAAACGUUUUAAAGAUAAAAGCAGCGAGGACGCAGCACUAGAGGUCUACAAACUGAUAGAAGGGAAAUCGCCUGUUAUAUCUGGAGUCACGAGAGCCGUGGCGUCUCCAACCGUGUCCCGCCUGACAGACACAACUAAGUUCACAGGUUCUCACAAGGAGCGUUUUGAUGAGACGGGCCGCGGGAAGGGUAAGGCCGGACGGGUGGAGAUGGUGGACAAGUCCGGUUACGUCUCCGGAUACAAGCACGCGGGCUCAUACGAGAAGAAAGUUCAAGGAAAACCACCUCAAAAACCUCUGUGAGAUUCAUCGGAAGACAAAACCGACUCUGUAAAGCACAAAAGGAUUUCCCAUUGAGGGUACGUCUGUGAAUUAGAUCCAUUUCGUGUUCCCCUCAUCCUAUACGUUGUGUGUGUUUUUUAACUGGAAUGCUGUUUACAUCCAAACCAAGACGUCACCAGCUGGUACAUUCCUAACAAACUGCACAUUACUGCAGAACACCGACACAAUGAUGCCAACCGAACGAAACAAUAAUGACUCCGAUGUUGCACGCUCAGCUUGUGAAGGUUUGUGUUGAUAAUCUGUCGUGUUAUUGAAAUGAAAUGUAUAUAUACUGUAGGAGCAUUUGGCAUUUUGUGAUCUCUUUCAGCAGCAUAAGGCCAGAAACAAACUGACAUAAAUGCUUGACAUUUGUGAUGUGUUGAACAUACAGUACCUGCAUGCAUGCGCUCUUGCAUUUGUUGCAGCAAAAUUCAGUAGUUAAAUGGGUUGUUGAGUUACCUAUAAACAUGUUAACAGUUUAACUAACAUAAAAUUACUUCUUGAACAAAAUUUUUCACAGAGUGUUGCUCAUGAGCUGAAAGUCGGCAACAGAAGUUUUAGCAGAUGUUUGCUAUAGCGCCCCCUUUAGCUUCAUUCAAUGCAUAUGAUUGCGUAUAUGCUUCAAAUCCAAGUUUAUUUUAAUUUGGAUGAUACACUGAACAUUUAGAUAAUUGCUUAUAAUUUAUUUAGUAUAAAUAUAUUACAGAUUUUAAUAACUGUUUUGCACCACUUUCUUGUUAUGAAAUGGGUCUCAUUUAUCUAAAGAUUAUCCAGAUUUUAAUCCCUUAACUGGCACAGCUUUUUUGAGUGGGGGGUGAAAAGAUGAUGUUCACCUUUAAAUUAAUGUAAAUGUGGUCUAGAAGCCUAAUCUUGGUCUUGUUUUAAAGAAGACACUUUAAAGUUUUUCACGGAAGUUAUAGCAGUUUGCAUUUAUUGUAAUAAAUAAAAAUAAUGCAAUAAAGUAUAUAUUUUAUACAUCAAAUUAUCACAAAAAAUGCUUUUGACACUUUUAGUGGUUUUACCAACAACAGCCACUAGGUGUCAACGGUUUGCUGGAUACUCUUGUCACAAAUUAAUAAAUGACUGUCACUGCAGUAUUAUUACUGCUAAAAGGUUUUGAAUUAUGAAAACUACAUUCUUAGACCUUCCCAAUUAUAUAGUUUGUCAUGAUAAAUUAAAAUUUACAUGAAAAAUAUUGACGUAAACUCCCAAUCACGGGACAGCGCCAGUUAAAAAUGUCUUGGAUCAGUAACUUAAUGCAAAGUCCAGUCCUCCUAAAGUAUUCGUUUGAUAGAGAAAUCAAAGACUGUGAUGCUUAGGAUUGUAAAUCUAGUGUUGUCGAUGGUUUUAACAUUAUAAUGGCAUAAAGAAUACUCUGUGUUGUAUUGAGGUCAUUGUGGAAUGAUUAUUAACUGGAUUAUGUGAACGCAGGUCUUUCUUGUCACAUGGUGUUAAUAACAUUUGCUUCAAGACAAUACCUUUAAUGAAUCAAUACAUUGCAUUAAUGCCUGACUUUAUGACAUCCCUAUGUAUUUCCUAAAUUACAUUUACCCGACGCUUUUAUCCAAAGUAACUUACAAAGAUUAGGAAACAAUAAAGCAAUUUGUCAUAUAUUUUAAAAAUACUUUUGACCAAACCUGAAGUAGUUUUUAAAAUUUUUAACACUAUUUUUAGACUCACACAGAAUCUGUAUAUCAUGCAAAACGCAGCUUUAAUGUGCUGUCAACUCCACUGAACACAUUUGACCAUGUUUAGAUCUAAUUUUACAGAUUUAUCCCCCCCCCCCAAAAAAAAUCACAUUAGAUACAAACUGUGUCUUGGCCUGUUUAUAUAAGUCAAAGUCUAAACAUUAAGGUAUUUUGUAUUCUGCUGUAAAUGUUUGGUUUGAAAAGCACUGUUAUUAUAUAUCUAACAUGUCAUAUCGAAGCACUUUGUUGUGUUUUUUUAAUAUGUGAAAUAUUUCUGCCUACAAAACAAUGUUUACAAGAGAAAUCCUCUAGCCAAAUGACAUGCAGUAACUAACAGUAUUAUAUCUACAUGAAUACAUUUACUGUACCAGAGAUCUUUAUAAACACACUGCCAUACAGUCAACACAAUGGACAACAGCCAGCAUUCAGAGUUCCCACAGUUUCUGAUCAAUGCAUAUUAAAAAAUCACUUGUGAUUACUGGAUAAAAAUUAAACAUUUUAAUUCUAAUGAACCUUUCAGAUUGAUUUCUGAAGCAUUAUGUUGAAUGCAUUAAUAAGAACUGACUUUAAACAAGAAUUUGCGAAGAAAUCACUGAGUGAGUUUUAAUCAAUAACCAAUGAAAUCUAUUCAGAAAAGCAGAAUUUAAAUAAUGUUUAUCUAUCAAGUUUAUUUAUUCUGGACAUUUCUGACCAGGCCUAGAAUGUUCAUGACUGUGGGAACCCUGAAAAUGUCAUUCAUCUGAAGGUUUAAAGGGACAAGUAGAGUGUACAGACAUAUUCUUCUACAGAACAUCUAUUUUCAGAUAAGAAACGUGGCAUAUGGUUCCUAUCAAACAUGUCAAAGAAAGUGACUCAUAUUUAAACCAUAAAGUAUAUCUGUUGUUGUAUUUAACGUGAUUUGUGUGCCUAAUGCCAAAUACUGUUGUUAACCUUCUGUUUGGAGAAACAAUACGGUCUCAUUUUAUAAAUAACUUUUUUAAAUGUUUUACAGUAUCUUGAUAUGCAUGUCCUAUAGUGUGGUGAUGGUAAAACCUAUUUUAACGUGUCAGUGUUUUGUAGCAUUGUCUUAAAUAAAAACAAACUGCCUG